AUGAAACAAUCAACUAAAGAGUGUAGGGGCUUUACAGUCACUACUGAAAAGAUUGUGAAAUUUACCAGAACUACGGUAUAUCUAACUUGUAUCUGGUCACCAUUACCCAGUGCUAAACAGCAAUAUAUUAUUUGUUAUAAUAUAUUUCUUUAUGUAUCAAUAUUUCUUGCAUUUGCUCUUUUAUUUUCUCUUAUUGCUUCUGUCGUAAAAUUCGUACAUGAUGCGUUUAUUGUUCUAAAAUCAGUCAUUCUUAUUAUUGGGAUAUGCAACUAUUUGUUCAAAGUUAUUGCAGUGACAAUUCAUCAAAAAACAUUGCAGAGAUUUGAGUUGAGCUUUGGGGAGUUUCUAAAAACAGCAAGUGAUAUAGAGCGGGAACAUUUACAAUUAAAUGUCAAUAAAUGUUGGAAAUUUCAAGCUUUUAUGACAAGUAGUUAUUACCUUACAACAGCAGGAGUGCUUAUCGGACCAUUAAUUUUACCUCAAAAAUUUCCAACUGAUGCUGUUUAUCCCUUCCCUGUUGAGCAUCCAAUAGUUAAAUGUCUUGUUUAUCUUCAUCAAUGUAUUGUUGGUUUUCAAUGUUCAGCAGGAAUGGCCUUGGAUUGUCAAAUUGCUCUAUUUUUAUGGUAUUUAGGAGCCAGAUAUGAGGUAUUGGCUAGAAAGAGCAGAAAUGUGAUUAACACUGAAGACAUACGCAAUUUUGUUAAAUAUCAUCAAAACUUACUUGAUUAUGCAAAAGAAAUUACUAAUCCCAUAAAGGCCAUCACUUUUAUCACAGUUGUGAUGUCUAGAAUUGGAAUGAUUUUGGGUGCUCUUAUGCUUGUAUCGGAUCAGCCUGUAAUAGCAAAGGUUCAGUUUUUAAUUGUAGUUAUCAGCACAACUGCAAAUAUCUUCGUAUGUGUCAGAGCUGCCGAUUACUUAAUUACUGUUUCUAGUCGCUUGUUAUCAGAAAAAAUCUUUGAAACAUGCUGUUAUCAAUCUCCACGACUGCGAAAUGAGUGGCGGUUUAUCAUCUUGCGCUCUCAGAAGCCAAUUGUGAUUAAAAUUACUGGUGUCUUUGAUUCUUUAUCUUAUGAAUUUUAUUCAACGUUUUUAUCAACAGCAUUCUCGUAUUUCACUGCACUACGUGUGAUUGUUAAUACUUAAAAGUUAAUAAAUCAUCAAUAAAAUCUUAAACUUCUUUAGAAUUAUCAUUGUUCUUUUAUUAGAACCUUCAGCUUCCAGCAGGAAUGGCCUUGGAUUGUCAAGCUGCAUUAUUUCUAUGGUAUUUAGGAGCCAGAUAUGAAAUGCUGUCUUUAAAGUGUGAAGAUGUUAUAAGUGCUAAAGACUUACAAGUAUUUAUUCAAAAUCACCAAAAACUU